CCCCAUGGCUCGCUUCUGCUCCGGCGUCAAGAUCAUCUCCGGUCUCGUUUCCGAUGGACUUUCUAACGCUCUCAUCAGGCGUGGGUAUACGGCGGAAGCAAUGGCGGCGUCGCAAAGAGCGGCGAGGGAUGACGGAAUGAUGAAGAAGGAGGAACAAGCAGAAAGGAGUAGAGAGAAGGUGGCGUGGGUUCCAGAUCCGGUCACCGGCUACUACCGGCCGGAGAACUACUCCGAUGAGAUUGACGCCGUCGAUCUUCGUGCUAUGAUGUUGCAGCCAAGAAGAAAAUUUAUUGAACAAAAUGAAUAAAUUUGGAUGUGCCAUUGAUGAAACGAGCCCUCGCUUGAGAUUAUUUACUCUCUUUUUUAAAAAUAAAAAAUAAAUUGGAUCUCUAUA